AUGGAUUAUUAUGAGGCUUAAUUAGAGGAAAAAGAGUAGAUGCUAUAAAAGGCUGCUUAAAUUAUUGAAAGUUUAAAAUUAGAUGUAACUAAAUUAAAUCACACAUAAAUUAGUUUCAAAACUUAUUAAUUCAAUAUUAGAAAUGUGAGACAGAGAAAACUUAAAUUAAAGCUUCCAUUUCAAAUUGGGAUCAAAUAUAAUAAUUUGAAAAACUCAAAUUGUUAUUGACUCAAGAAAUCAUAACAUUUCAUCCUGAACAAUACAAAAUUCCAUUAACUUAAUUUAACUAUAAAAAUGAAUUAGAAUUAUCACUCUAAAGAGAAGCAAAAUUCAAGGAUUUUCUUUUUAAUAUUAAUGAAAAUGUUAAAUUAUUAAUAGAUUCUUAUACUAAAUGUAUUGAUGAACCAAUUACAUAAGGAAUAUAAUAAAUAUUGUUUGAAUUUGAAAUUUGGGAUAAAUGUUAAGAAUAAAACAGUAUUUUAUAAUUACAAAUUGCAGAACAUUAAAUUCUAACUUAUACUCAAUAAAUUUCUACUCAUUAAGAAAUUUCAAAUAUAUAUAAUCUUUUAUUAGAGAAUGAUUAAUAAAAAGAGCUCUAAAAUUAAGAAUAUAUUUACAAUUAAUAAUUAUAAUAAAUAUUAAAUGUCAUUUAAGAAAAUACAUAAAUUACUUAAAAAAUGACUCAGAAGAUUAAUGAAUAAUAAGUAAAAAUUAAAGAAAAUAAUUAAGAGAUUGUUGAACUUAAAAAGUAAAUAGAAGAGUUGAAAUUAUUAAAUGAAUAAAUAAAUAGUCAGAAAGAAGAAUUUUAAUCAGCUUUAAAUUAGUCUAAAUAAUAACAAUAAAAAUUAUAAUAAUAAACAAUAGAAUAUUUAUAAAUGAUAGAUGAAUAUGAAAGAAUUUUUAAUUCAGAAAAAGUAGAUGGAGAAGAAUAUAAUAAAGUUACUGAAUUAUUUGAAUAAUCUUUAAUUGAUCUUGAGAACUUAUAAACUAAAUAUGAAAAAAAGGAACUCUAAGUUAUCGAUUUAUAAUAAUAAUUAAAAUGCAAACAAAUACAAUUUGAUAAUACUUUAAAAGAUAUCAAAGAAUUAUUAGACAAAUAUUAACUCUAAAAAUAAGAUAAUAUUCUUCAUAAAAUAUAUUAAAUUUUUAAUAAAGGAAAAUCUAACUGUUAAAAUAUUCCUCCCAAUUAACUUUUAUUAUAACUUUCAAAAUCACUUUAAAAAAGAAGUGCUACUCCUUAGAAUACAUAAAAGAUAAUUAAUUGA